AAAUAAUUUGAGCGAUGGAGCGUGUGUCGAGUGUGUUUGUUUUUCUGGUGACAGUUCUGGUGACAGUGACAAGCAGUACCCGGUGCUACAUGUGCAGAGAUGUUAUCCAGAGAUCGGGCAAUAGGCGUGCCUUUAAGGAACAUUACGCAGAGCUCACUAGCUCCGGUUGGAUUGUUCCUUGCUCGGAUGAAUCUUUUGUUGUGUUCCCUCAGGUCGGGUGUAUGAAGAGAACUUACAUCACCUAUGAAAUGUGCUUCCCAAACAAGAAAUGUACAGUCAAGGUGACGGAAAGGUACCCAGUGCUGCCACCUGCCUUCACCGUCGGGCAGUCCUUCUGGAGCAAACCUUUCAGGGAGGGUAUAAUCAGGAAUGAAAAACCAUGCCAGAGUGACUUAUGCAACGGAGAGUACAAGAACGAGUACAAAGUAGGUUUGAAAUGUUACCAUCAAUGUGGCAGGAUCAAUCUCUACGGACUGACCAAGGAGGAACUGGCCAACUACGAUCUCCCUGUCAUCCCCUGUGAUGAAACCACUUACAACUACUGCGGGAAUAACAUGGAGUGUGGAUACAUAGUUGGAAGUGCUGUUUACUCUGAUGACUAUCUCGGUCGGGAAAUCACCGUCGAAGGAUGGUAUGCAGACUGUUUCUACAAAGAUAGCAACUCCAUAGACCACGUUUUGGUGCAAAUUCGCAUGAUGAUGGAGGAGCACCCAGAUUUACAGAUAUCCCCCGAUGACCUGACCAAAUGUGACUCAGAACUGUGCAACCACAUCGACUAACGUGACUCCUAAGUGAUGACGUGAUCACAUCCGCUAUGACGUCAUACCACACGGCUCCAAUUAUGACGUCAUGAGACUGUGACGUCAUAAUUGUGACGUCAUGAGAUAGUGACUUCACUGUGACCCUAUCAAGCGAUAGAUCUGGAUACUGGUGGGGAGACGACCUACACUUUCUCUGAUGAAACUUCACAGCGAACUAUUAUAUCUCAUAUCCGCACAAGUAUCCAGGUCUUUUAUGUCACAGUGACAUACGAUUGUGUCACAGUGACAAUUGUGUCACAGUGUGUCACAGUGACAUACGAUUGUGUCACAGUGUCACAGUGUCACAGUGUGUCACAGUGACAUACAAUUGUGUCACAGUGUCACAGUGUGUCACAGUGACAUACAAUUGUGUCCUGGCGAGAAACACCCAUAGAGACGACACAACAAUGACUCACCCUGCUCCCCCGUCCACCAAUCCGGGGUGCAAAUAGGAUUAGGAUAUUUAAUUAUUUAAAAUUAUUAGAAACGUUAGUUAGGUUUAAUUUUCAGUAAAGAUUAUGUUAAGUUUUUUCACUGAAUUAUGUUCGAACAUGACCAGC